AUGGUUAGAGCUACAAUUAAAUCAGGGACAAUCAAUAUUCUAAACACCAUUAUCGGUGCCGGGAUCUUGACGAUGCCGUACGGUCUACGUGCCAAUGGACUUUUAUUUGGAUCGAUUUUGAUCCUAUGGUCAGCUUGUGCUUCAGCGUUUGGGCUUUACUUGCAGAACAAAGUGGCCAGAUAUACAGGACAACGAGGAUCAGUAUCAUAUUUCAGUCUUGCGCAAGUAACGUAUCCAAAAUUGUCGAUUGUGUUUGAUUCAGCAAUUCUGAUUAAAUGUUUUGGAGUAGGUGUUUCAUAUUUGGUGGUUAUUGGUGAUUUGAUGCCCAAGAUUAUGGAAACAUUGGAAGUGAAUUCUGAUUCGAUUUUCAUGAAUCGGAAAUUUUGGAUUUCAGCAUUUAUGGCUUGUAUUGUGGCGCCAUUGUCAUUUUUGAAGAAAUUGAGCAGUUUGAAAUAUACCAGUAUUAUGGCAUUGUUUUCAGUUGCUUAUUUGAUAUUUUUGGUGGUGAGUAGUUACCUAGAGAUUGCAGCUGGUGUUGAGAAAGCCCAUGAUGUUGGUGUUGAGAAAUUUAAUCCUUUCCCAGCUAAGCAUAUUGAUUGGUAUGGACCAUUGAGCUGGAAGCAGACGUUGAGCUCCUUCCCCAUGUUUGUGUUUGCUUAUACGUGCCAUCAAAACAUGUUUGCUAUUAUUAAUGAAUUGCAACCGGAUGAAAAAGAUGGUUCACAAACUAGACAAUCUAAUCUAAUUAUUCGUAAUUCAAUUUUGACUGCAUUGGCUAGUUAUUUGAUUGUUGCUGUUUUUGGUUACUUGACUUAUGGUAAUGAAGUUGAAGCAAAUAUCAUCGCCAUGUAUCCUCGUAAUUCGAUUAGCACAUUAAUUGGAAGGUUGUGCAUUGUUGUUAUGGUAAGUUUGUCCUUCCCAUUGCAAUGUCACCCUUGCAGAGGAUCUAUAAACCAUGUUAUACAUUUUAUUAGCCAAGGUGUUGAGUCAGCAAAACUUAGACAUUUGCAUAAACGUAAUCGUUUAUUGGAUGGAGAUGGGAUAGGUAGCGGUUACUCAUCCACAGUUGCAUCAGAUGCUGAAAGUGUUAGCUCCUUUGCUGAUCUCACAGCUGUUUCCUCGAUCAUUUCAACUACUCCAAUGGAAGGUGCUCGUGAUACUGCAGGUCAUGCACCAAUUAUUGUUCCCAUGUCAACUAGAAAAUUUUACAUCAUUACAUCCGCAAUUGUUGUGCUCAGUUAUGUAGUGGCACUUUCAGUCACUUCAUUAGCAACAGUGCUAGCAUUUGUGGGAAGCACAGGUUCAACAUCAAUUUCUUUCAUCUUGCCUGGGUUGUUUGGUUAUUUAUUGAUGAAGCCAUUGCACCCAGGAGCCAAUCUUUCACCUUUAGAAAAAUUCUGCAAAUAUGGUGGAUUAUUUAUGGUUAUUUAUGGAUUUUUUGUCAUGAUAGUAUGUCUCGGUACGACCAUUAUCUUAGGAUAG